AUGUCGUCGGAUAAAGUUAAUGACCCUUCCGUUUCCCAAGAGGAAACUGUUCGAUCAACCCCCGAAGAGGAAAUAACAUCGUCAAUCAGCCAAACGGUCGCACAGACAGAACAUGUGACCAAUGGCGUCGAAGAAAUCAACGAAAAGAAAGCCGACGCUGCGGAUGAUGGUAAUCUUACUUCGUCGACGAAGAUCCACUUCACGGAUCAAAUAAAGGUUGAGCGUACUACCAAACCGGACGAUAAUGUUAUUGAAUCAAUCACGAGACAGCCUUCGGAUGAUGACCAAAAUGAUGCAAAGAAGCACGUCGACAUCUAUGAACAUCUUCGUUCCGUAGAAGAGGUAUCCGCUCACUACAAGGUCGACGUCAACACAGUGAAACCCGCCGAGUCGCGUGGUUUGCUGGAGGUCCAAGCUUCCAAGUUGUUGGAGGAGAAGGGUCCUAACGUUUUGACUCCACCCAAGAAGAAGCAUCCAUUUAUGAAAUACCUCGAAUGUCUCCUGACUCUGUUUAACAUUCUGUUGAUCUUCGCCGGCAUCUUGAUGUACAUUUUGUUCGCCAUUGAUAGGGUAGCAAACAAAGCUAAUAGUUAUCUUGGUGCCAUUUUGAUAGGGGUGGCAUUUUUGAAUGCGCUUAUCGAAUUUUACCAACAGCAAAAAUCGGCCGCUAUUUUGGAAUCCUUCUUGAACAUGAUUCCACAAAAAUGCCAUGUCAUUAGAGAAGGGAAACUCAUGCAGAUACAAGCUUCGAAUCUUGUGUGUGGUGAUGUUGUUUUCGUGAGAAUGGGUGAUAAGGUUCCUGCAGACUUAUUCGUUUUUUUUGCUAACGACAUGAAAGUGGACAACUCCACUCUGACAGGUGAAGCUGAUCCACAAGAGCGAAAAAGGGAUAACGACCAAAAGAAUCCAUUGGAAGCUACGAAUUUGUGUUUCAAUGGUACACUUGUCGUUUCCGGCGAAGGAUAUGGUAUUGUCAUUCGUACAGGUGACAAUACUGUAUUAGGACAGAUCGCUGGACUCACCGCCGGUGAAGAUAAGAAUAAGUCACCGUUGUCUCAAGAAAUCGACAAUUUCGUGAAAAUCAUAGCCACCAUUGCCAUCGCUUGCGCCAUCAUUUUCUUUGGUAUCGGUUUCAAGGUGAACAACAAUAACUUUUCGCUCACCAUUAGUUUUGCCAUCUCAGUACUCGUCGCAUGGGUUCCCGAGGGUUUGCCUGCAACUGUCACCGUCCUUCUCACCAUUGCCGCCAAAAGAAUGGCCGCCCAAAAUGUGCUUGUCAAGGACCUCCAAGGGGUCGAAACUCUGGGCGCCAUUACCCUUCUGGCCACUGACAAAACUGGUACACUCACCCGUAACCAAAUGACCGUGACCAAUAUCUGGUCCUCCCUGAAGAUGUAUUCCGCCUUUCAGAAUGCUCAAAAUGAAAACAUCCCUUUCGAUUCUCGGGCACCUGGCAUAGAGGAGAUAAUACAUAUCUCUUUGCUGUGCUCUCGCGCGAAAUUUGAUCGAAAUGAUAUCCCAUUUGCGGAGCGUCAAAUUUUCGGUGAUGCCACGGAAACCGGUCUUAUACGUUUCGCCGGAAAUCAAAUAGAUGAUUAUGAUGAGCUCAUCAACAAAUAUCCAAAAGUUUUCGAGAUCCCUUUCAACUCAGAUACGAAGUGGGCAUUAUCCGUACACCAAAAGAGUCACAAAAAUGGUCCUUUGACCUUGUAUAUAAAAGGUGCACCUGAACGUGUGCUAGGUAUUUGUUCAAGCAUCUUGUCAGAUAAAACCGCGAUUCCAUUGACUGAAGAGCACAAGCACAGAUACGAUGAGGUUUAUGAGUAUAUGGCUUCGAAGGGGCAUCGUGUAUUGGCUUUUGCACAGUACUUACUACCCGGAGAUCAGUAUCCGGAAGGUUACGAAUUUAAAAAAGAACUAAAGAAUUAUCCCCUUAGCGAUCUGUGUUUUGUCGGAUUGGUGUCACUGGAAGACCCUCCAAAGCACGGUGUUCGAGAGGCCAUCGGCCGCUGUCGUACGGCUGGCAUUCGCGUAAUAAUGGUGACCGGUGACCAUCCGUUGACUGCUGAGGCCAUCGGACGCAAGAUAAAUCUGAUGAAAAAAGAAACUAAACCGAUGAUGGCCAAACGCACUGGUGUUCCCAUUGAAAACAUUGGUGAGGAUGAAUAUGAAGCUAUCGUCAUUCACGGCGAACAGAUCGAUAGUCUGAGUGAAGCGGAAUGGGAUAACAUCUUUGCCAAAGAAGAAAUCAUCUUCGCUCGUACUUCUCCUCGUCAUAAACUUGAAAUUGUCAAACACGCUCAGGCGAUGGGUCAUAUUGUUGGAGUGACCGGUGAUGGUGUUAACGAUUCCCCCGCUUUGAAGAAAGCGGAUUUGGGGAUCUCAAUGAAUAUAUCCGGAUCUGAUGUGUCGAAGGAAGCGGCAGCUAUGAUUUUGAUGGAUGACAACUUUGCCUCAACCGUGCACGGAAUCGAAGAAGGACGUCUCAUUUUCUCAAAUCUCAAAAAGUCAAUUCAGUACACCAUUUCACAUUCGACUCCAGAAGUCAUGGUCUGCUUACUCUAUGUCAUAGUACCCAUCCCGUUACCGUUGACUCCAUUGCUUGUUAUAUUGGUCGAUUUGGGUUUCGAAUUGUUCAUAGCGUUGACAUACGCAUGGGACCCACCAGAAAGUAGAACCGCCCUCAUGGAAUUGCGACCACGAAAACCGGUGACGCCCGAAUCUAUUAAGAAGGUUCGUCGUCGCGCUCUCAGUCGUACACCGACCAUCACAGAUACCGAAAAUGGACGACCAAUAAGACCAUCCAAAGUAUCUAUCUUUUUCCAAAAUUUGAAAAAAUAUUUCACCGUCAAAUUUUGGUCGGAAUUUUUUGAAGAUUCAGACGACGAGGUUCUGGUCGACAAUAACCUCCUAUGUUGGGCAUACAUUGAAAUCGGUAUAAUAGAAGCCAUCGGCUGUGUCGUCUCAUUCUUUGUCGUCCUAAACGCAAACGGGGUCACGCCGUAUGACGCCCAAGCCAUGCAGAAGGAUUCAUCAAAUCAUUAUUUUACGGAUAAUGCAAGUAACUACACGACCGCUACUGGAAGGUUAUUAAACGCCAGCGAUCAGGUCGAUAUAUUGGGCCAAGCAAAUUCGAUUGUAUAUUUAGCAAUCUUGAUUCAACAAAUUUUCAAUUUAUUCGCUUGCAAAGCUCGUUAUCGCCUUCCGUUCGGAAAGUUUAUGUUUGCCAACCCUCGUAACUUUAUUGGUGUGGUUCUUGGUUUCGGACUGGCGAUGAUGCUCAUUUAUAUUCCGGCAUUUAACGUUGCGUUCGGAACGAGUCAUAAUUUGAGCCCCAAAUAUUGGUUCAUUCCCGUCGCCUUUGGUGUGUUCAUAUUAUUCUAUGCCACCAUGCGAACAUUGAUAAUGAGAAAGAUCAAGCCCGCUUCCGUGGUUCAAGGAAUCGAAGAAUUGAAAUUGGAUAUGUAUCCGACCGUGUACUCUAGGUAG